AUGGAGCGGAGCGGCAGCGGCGAGAACGGCACCGGGAGAGCCGGGAACGGCACCGGGAACAUCGGGAAUAACUCCGGGAAUAACUUCGGGAGCGGCACCGGGAGCCGGCGGGCAGCGCCGCCUGGCGGCCUCGGGCGGGCAUUGCUGUGCCUGGCUCUGCUGCUGCUGCCCCCGGCCCGGGCACUGCCCACCCCUGACCGGGCACUGCCCGCCCCUGACCGGGCACUGCCCGCCCUUGACCGGGCACUGCCCGCCCCCGCCCAGUGCCUCAGCCGCUCCCGGCAGCUGCUGGAGGCCGCCAACGCCGCCCCGCAGAGGCUGAAGAAAUCCAACACCCUGGGAUUUGAAUGCACCCUUGAGGAGGUGGAUCUGCAGGACAUCACUGAGAACCACAUCAACACCCUCAGAGCCUGCACAGCUGAGGAGCCAGGGCCUGGAAAUUGCCCAGUCCUGGAAAAAUCAACUUUUGACGAGGGAAAAUGCCUGCAGGGCAUCUCUGAGGACGUGAGAGCCUACAGGGCUCAGCUGAGGAGCCUCCCUGACCCCCAGCUGCUGGCAGCCCUCGAUGGGAUGAUGGAGGCCCUGGGCAGCAGCACCGGGCGGGAUCCGGAGGCGCUGCUGGGAUCAUUGGGAUCAUCGGGAUUGGGAUCGGCGCCGUUCCCGGAGCGGCUGCGGCUCUGCGGGAUCCUCCAGGCCCUGCGCAUCCGCAGCGUCACCAUCUCCAGGGUGCUGAGCUUCCUCAGCUCCCCCUGA